AUAGGGGGUGUUUGUUUUUUCUGUUUGUUUUUGUAAAAAUGUUUUGCAAAAAAUUGAUUUGCAACCUGUGAUCCUUAUACAAGAGAUACAAAUGUAACGCACAAUUGUUAUCUAGCCCCACACAUACAUUGUGCAUAAUGUCGGGUGAAUUCAGCGCUAGUCAGUUUGUUUCGAGCAAUGGCAAUCUGAGUGCUAGUGCCAGUUGCUCAUCACGAUGGCUGACCGAGGAGGUAUUCAAGUUGAUUGACAUUGUCCAGCGAGAUGAGGCCAUCUACAAUCCACGGCACAAGUACUACUUUUGUCGUCCAUAUGUGGAGAAUUUUUGGCGGGAGGUUGACAUAAAGCUGGAAAAGAAUCCCGGUGCAAGUCUGGCCAAGUGGACAAAUUUGCGUAUCUCAUUUCGACGCGAGUACACCAACUAUUUGGAAGAGAAGGUGCCACCAUGUUGGUCCUACUUUGAUCGAAUGUUCUUUCUGCAUCCGUAUCUACGUAAGAAGCAUCAGCAACCCAAAUCACUGGACACUCAGGUGCAAGAUGCCCUGGCCCAUCUUUCCAGUCUAUCGAACCGCAUGCAGCGAGAGCGCACAGUGGCCAUAAGCACCUCAUCGAACUCAAAUCCAGGGCAUCCGAAUACAGCGACCCAACUAUCGCCCCAGCCGCAGCAAAUGGACAACUAUUUGGACUAUUUCGAUGAAGCUGAACCCAAUCAGUCCGAACUCGAUGAAAUGAUGGACGAAGAGCAGCGAGCACGCUUUCACAAUCAGUUGGACAACAAUGACAUCAAAUCAGAAUGCGAAGAACCCGUCGAUGAUUACGAACAGGAUCACGUACAUGAUCAUGACGAGGAUGAAGUGCCUGAACCCGAUGAUCAUGACCAAAUGCACAAGAUGGCAGCUACAUCCAGUUCUGCCGCCAGUUCAUCAGUAUCGGAGAUGCAGCGGCGCUAUCAUCAGCACCAGCUUACUCAUUCUUCUAAUCGCCAGUUGCAUGUAAAUCGCCUACAGGUCCGUGCAUAUCAAGAAGAAAUGCGCAUUCAUGGCCGUCCUCGGUCACAGGAGCAGCAGAACAGCUCAGGAUCGGCUCAAACGCCGGCACAGGCCCAUUCGAACAUCUCUUUUGUGCGUCCAACGUUUAGCAAACCCGUCGAUAUGGUCAGCACAACAACUCACAGUGCUGGAGUUUCUCUGCUGGCAGCCUCCUCAGCCUCACACGAUUUGGAAUUGCCAACGCCAUCGAGUGUGGCCGGAAGUAUAGCGCCUCCAGCUGGCCUUCAACAACAACGACAUGCUGGACAUCAUCCAACGUCACAGCAUCAGCAGCAGCAGCAGCCUUUACUGCGCCUGGAGGCAAACAACUCAAGCGGAUCAAUGCCUAGUUCUGGAGGCAGUGGCAGUGCAGGUGUUGGCAAUGUGGUGGAGUUGUGUGACUGCAAAACCGAUUCGGAUGCCAUGUUCCUAAUGAGCCUGCUGCCCGAUAUACAAAAACUAAACGGUCGCGAUCGGGGCAAAAUAAAAAUUGCUUUCCAAAACAUCUUGCAGGAUUAUCUAUAUCCCGACUAGGCCUGGCCAAGCUAAGCUAAGCUAACUGAGAUCAUGAUCUCCACCAGCAUUCAGAUCUGUGUAUACAUUUUGAACUCAUUGAAUGAGUUCCAAACUGGAUUCCUUUUUACUCUUAUUUUGUGUUUUUUUCACUCCAUUUUUUAAAAAUGUUUGGAACAAUUAUUAUGUUUAUUUAUAAAUAUUAUAAUAAAUAUUUAACAAGAAUAAAUUCACAUGAAAAUUUACGUAA